GCCUUCCCUCACUCCCUCACACGGACGACAACAACGCCUCGGGAGCGAGCCGGGGACAAGUUUGUGCCUCUCAUAGCAGCAGCGGCGGCGGCGAAAGAACGAAAGCAGCUUCGUAGCGGACAGCCAUUGCUCCGCCCGCCCGGUUUUCCUCCUCCUCCUGAUCCUGCUCGCGCGGGGAGCUUCACAGACCUUGAAAAUGUCUUCUGUCAAACACCUUGUAUAUGCUGUCAUCCAUUUCUUGCGAGAACAGAGCCAGAUGGAUGCAUUCACAUCAGAUGAACAAGAAAGCUUGGAAGUGGCAAUUCAGUGUUUGGAGACGGUCUUUAAAAUUAAUUUGGAGGAUUCCCAUCUUGCAGUACCUAUACGUUUGACAGAAAUGUUUGAAGAUUCUUGUCACAAGAAUGAGAUACUGCCUCUCUCAGAUUCUUUGCCAGAGGAUCUUGAGAAAGCUGACCAGCUGAAGGAUGAAGGUAAUAAUCACAUGAAGGAAGAAAAUUAUGGUGCUGCGGUGGAUUGUUACACUCAGGCUAUAGAACUGGAUCCAAAUAAUGCAGUCUAUUAUUGCAACAGAGCUGCUGCUCAAAGUAAGUUGAGUAACCAUAAUGAAGCAAUAACGGACUGUGAAAGAGCUAUAGCAAUAGAUCCAAAAUAUAGCAAAGCAUAUGGAAGAAUGGGAUUGGCUCUGACUUCAAUGAACAAAUACCAAGAAGCAAUUAAUAGCUAUCGAAAAGCACUGGACCUUGAUCCAGAAAAUGACUCCUAUAAGUCAAAUCUGAAAAUAGCUGAACAGAAGUUAAGAGACAUGUCCAGUCCUACUGGAACUGGAUUAAGUUUUGACAUGGCAAGCUUGAUAAACAAUCCUGCCUUCAUUAGCAUGGCAGCGAGUUUAAUGCAGAAUCCUCAAGUUCAGCAACUGAUGUCGGGAAUGAUGACAAAUGCUAUAGGGGGCCCUGCGGCCGGUGUUGGUGGCCUCACUGAUCUGUCAAGUCUCAUACAUGCAGGGCAGCAGUUUGCACAGCAGAUACAGCAGCAAAACCCAGAACUCAUAGAGCAGCUGCGGAACCACGUUCGAAGCAGAUCUUUCAGCGGCAGCACCGAAGAGCAUUCCUGAUUAAAAGCAGCAUGUGAUGGAACACUGUUUUACUAAUUCCAAAAGGCAUACUGUAGCUAGUAGCAAAUAUCACCAUUGUAAUUCUUCUCAGACAUGAGACCAGAAAUCCUUUGUGUGUAUUCCUUAUUGUCUGUUGAAAACAGAUUCAUUGCACACAGAUGUGAACAUAUCAUGUAUGUAUAUUGAUGCCUUUGUAAAUGGAGUAUAAAUAAAACUGGUGACUGAUUAAAAUCUUUACAUAUAAGGCAGCAUUUUCGUAUCAAUGCACAAAAGCAUGCAAUUUUUCGUUCUCUUUUAAGAGAGUGGAUUUUUUGCACUAGGAUUGUGCGUUGAAAGAGAUCACCCACUUGUGGUGACAUAAUAUUACUUGUGGAGUAAUAAUGCUUGAUAGGCUAGUCAGUCCUAUGUAAAAUCUGUAUUCAAAAUAUAUUAAAUAAGGCAGCCUUUCCUCAAAACUGAAGGGUUGCCGCUGCCCCAGAGACAAGGCUGUGGCAAGCGAAAACAAUUUUGCAUGACUAAUGUUGCAUUUCUUACUUUAUAAGCUUAUAAAGUGAAGACUGCUUUUUUCACAUUGUGGGUCAUUACGGGGAUUUUUGAAAGGAAGGAGAGCAAUGGGUCUGAUUGUUGGAGUUGCUUCAGGCUAAGAUGAUGUCGUGGGAGAUGGAAAGAGGGUGAGUAAUCCCUAAGCUGGGGGAGAAAUAAAUGGGUCUGUCUUGUAGGAGUUGAAACAGAAAGAUUUAAGCUGUGCAGAAUUUAUGGGUCUAUGCAUAGGUACAGGCAAAGAGGUACAGCAUGUAGGCUGACAAGCAGGGAGUACCUACUAAGUUUUCAAAGGGAGCGCUACUGUGAAAUAAUUGGAAACAUUUCUUAUAGGGCAGCUUGGGUUAGAUGUAAAAGGGGACGUUUGGCCUCCUUCUUUCCUAUAGUUGUCUUAAUAGACGGGACUUGCACAGCAGCAGUGCUGCGUUGUGAUGAAUGUAUUGAGAGGAGCAAGGAAAAGGAAAUUAUGAAAGCCAUAUUUAAGACUUGUGAUUGAGCAAUAUGUGAUUCUCAGUCUCCUUAUCAGUUUGUAAUGGAUGGAUAGUGGAGAGAAUUUUAGAAUCCCUAGCCAGAAAAGGUGCACCAAGGGGUGUUGA